AUGUCGGACCCUAAACGUGCUACUAUUAUAACAGUGGGUGCUCCAAAAAGUGUAAAGAAUAAUGUGAAUAAAACAGUGAGAUUAGCUAUAAAUCUGGACGAAAGCAACGAAAGUAAAUAUCCUGAGCUGAAUUACAAGGAACUAGUCAUAGCAACAGCAAAAAAGAAAAGAAUAGAAAAUGGAAAGACUGCUGGGCUGGACCCAUUCUCAGAUAAUGAUGACGAUGUGGAAAGAGUGGCAAGGAAGUUUGAACAAAAAUAUGGUGGAAAAAGCACAUAUGGAAGAAAGGGCAGAUCGAAAUAUGAAGAGUUUGCUGACAUUGGCGCAGGUUAUGAUGAGAAUGAUUCCUUCAUUGAUAACACACAUGGAUAUGACGAGAUGAUUCCACCAGAAUGUGACACACUGUAUGGAGGAUUUUACAUAAACAGUGGGUCGUUGGAGUUCAAGACUGUCCCAGAGAAUCAAACCCCAAACUCUGAUGGUGAUGUCAGAAGGAAUAAGAGGCGACUGUCUUCAAGCAGUAGUGAGGAAGAAUCAUCAGACAGUUCAACAAACUCGGACAGUCAAGAUGUGAAAGAAAAUAAGACGGUUCCAAAUGGAAACACAGACUCACACAAGACCGAACACCGGAAGAAAAAAGUAAAAAAGAAUGAAAAGAAGAAAUCAAGUGUCAGUCCGUCAGACACAACAGCACCCACUUCGGGGAAACAGACUUCAGAUGAGGCAUGUCCCGAAGGUUCAAGUACAUCACAAUCUGACUCGUUGACUUCGAAGCCAGCACCGAGUUCUGAAAAUCUCAUCACUUCGGAUAGCUCCAGAGAAACAGAAGCGAAAUUCGAAGUGAAAUUGCCACAAAUUGUGAGUGAUGCGUUGGAGAAGGUUCAGUUGGUGAGUCGAGAGAAAGAUAAUCCCGGGAAGGAUCUGAAGAGCAAGACUGAUCAGUGUAUAUUGAAACUGGAGCAGAGCCUGAACAAGAGCGGAGCGUCGAGCCGCGUUCGCCGCGAGGCGUGGAGCGCGGCCGGGGGGCUGCUCGGCUGCUCACGGGCAGCUCUCUUGCAGCGGACGAGGAAGCUCUCCGGCCACGCUUCCAACCAGAGCCAAUCCAGUCCAGCCCAGCCGAUUACAACUCCAGCCCCGACUCCAGCUCCAAUUCCAGCCCCAGCUCCAGUGCCAGCCCCAGCCCCAGUGACCGUCUCCAGAGUCAGCGUUCCCGUGAAGAGAAAAGCGGAAGACAGAACCCUUACGGAGGACUUCAGCCGACUCUCGCCUGAUGAGAAGGAGGCCGAAAUUGUGGAGACCUUGCGCAGAUUAAAAGCGCUCAUAGAUGAAAGGAAGCCGGACAUGAUAGCCACGUAUAACGCGGAAUGUGAACGCGUACAGGAAGAAAGGAAAAAGCUCCAAAUAGCGUCGGUCGACGGCAUGCCCCACGUGGACAAGCGGCUGCCCAAGCGCCGCUUCCCCUGGUGCCCCUUGAGCAGGGCUCUGCUGGCGAGGCUGGGCCAAGUCGCGGGCAGCCCGGCGGACGCGGCCUCGCUCCUGGCCAAACGAGCUCUGCCCCUCUUCCCGGCGGGAUUCGUCCGGAUGCCCACUUUGUUGCGGCAGGCUGACCUCAACAAAGACAUCAAAGCGACUGAUCUCAAACGUCAGGCCUUCGGUUCCACGUCUCAACCCCAACCCGUACAAAUUCUUAGUGAACCCAUUCAGUUCCCCAGCUCCCUCACCGUCACGACCACCACGACCACCAUCAAACCGAUAGAGAAACCGGAGAAAGACAGGAAGGCAGUUCAAGCCAAUGACAAAAAGGAAGUCUCCGUGAAGAAGAAAGAGGGCCUCAUCCGAGUGAAGUCUCCCGCCGCCCUCAACGACAUGGUGAAGAAGGACGAGGUCACCCAGAAGCAAAUAGAGAGCAUGAAGACGUUGGAGAAAUACAUCCCGCAUCCGAUUCUGAUACCCGUGAACUUUGCGAAGCCGGACAAGAGACCGCCGGAGAAGAAGAAGAAAGAGGUGCUGAUCGUCUCCGACGUGGAUCCCCUGGCCGAGGCCCGGGACGACAGCAGUAGUGAUAUAGAAGUGAUCGAGGACAAAGUGACGGAAGAGAAGUGUAGUGUUAGUGAAAGUGACAAAGUGCCUUCGGAUAAAGUGAAAGGUGUGGAGUUUACCAAGCAAGAGUUCGAGCUGCUCAUGAAGGAUUUGCAGGAGAUGGAGAAUUCACAAGAACAGAAAAAGGUAAACUUCAAUUCCUUUGGUGGUGUGAUAACAAAUGCCAAGAACGAGUCUUCCAAGCAAUUCAACGGGACUGUGUUCGAUUCGGAAAAUAAAAAUAAAUUCGCAGAACGAACUUCUUUCAAAGAAAUAGAUGGAUGUAACACUGUUAAUGGUAAGUUUUUUUUUUCGCGACGAGGAUAA